GCCGCAGUUCCGGAAGAUGAUUUUGAUGAUGAGGCAAGCCGAGCAGCAAGUGAAGCUGCCACCGCGGCCGUGAUGGCCCUCACGAGGAACAGUGCCCAAGCAGGUUCCAGCACACAAGGCUAUUCAGAUGCCAAUAGGAUCUUGCGCCGACCAGAUGAAUUCGGUUCGGCGAACUUCGACUACGACCUUGCUGUGUGGCAGGAGUGGCUUCAUGGGUUUAAGUCUUGGUUGGUUUUUGCCGAUGCAAAGUUUGAGAGCGAGCUUCAGGAGAUCGACGGUAAUCUCAACCGCGUGUUGCGUCUUUCAGACAUGAGCGCCGAGGCCCAGGCAAGGAGCACGAGGUUGUAUGCGAUUUUCGCAUCACUCUUGAAGGCUAAGCCGCGGUCUGUUCUGAGACAGAUCGAGGACAGAAACGGCUAUGAGGCUUACCGCCAGUUGACAGCCAUUUACGCUCCGAAGAGCAAGGCCCGGUCGCUAGCCCUCAUGAAUGCGCUGGUGCAGAUGCCAAGCUUCUCCAAGGAGAAGACCCUUCGGGAGCACCUCGCGUGUCUUCCAGCCCAGAUAAGAAGUCACCUCCAACUCCAGAUGACGGAGUCCACCAGCUAUGCAGAAGUGCGCCAAUAUUUGCUGGCCUAUGAGACCACGACUACUCAAUGGUCUACGACCAAGGUACAACAAUCUCUCGGAGUGAUAGCGCCGCCGCCCGCAGAUCCAAAUGCACAGGACCCAGUGCCCAUGGACCUUAGUCGCAUGAGUGUCUUGCAGAUGGUUGCUGAGCUCAACCGCCUCAAAGGUGGCAAGAAAGGUGGCAAAGGAAAAGGUGGAAAGAAAGGUGACUCCAAAGGCAAGGAAGGUAAGGGCAAAGGCAAGCCGUACCAACCAUACGGUUCUCCUGCUGGCAAAGGCAAGGGUGGCAAGCAUGACACAGGUGGCAAGAAAGGUGGCCAAGGAAAAGGGGGAAAGAAAGGUGACUCCAAAGGCAGGUCCAAUCCCAACAUA